AUGACUCUACAUAGCGGAGAUGUUGCUCAAACAGAAAACCUUCUGAGAUCGUAUUUCUCACGCGACCCGGAACAACGAUUCGAACUCGAAAGGGCGAUAGGGGCCGGAAUGAGCGGAGUAGCAUGGAAAAUUAAGUAUGAGGAACAAAUACAAGGACAAACACAAACAAGGCGUUUAGUACUGAAAGUGGAGCGCCCUCGAGAUGAGGAACUGCCGUCUCAAAGCGAUUACGAAGGAGAUACACCUAUGACCAACGUCGACGACUUCAAUGACGAUGGCGAAGAUGAAGGCAAUGGCGGAAAUGAAGGCAGUGAGAACAAUAAUGCUAAUGAGGACAUUGAUUAUAAUGCCGAGGUGGACGGCCGGAUCCCAUAUACUUUUGACCCCUCCGCUCAUCAGCUCGUUAACGAGCGCAAUGCUCUUAAGAUGAUGCAAAAGGCCAGACACAUUGUAAACCUUAUAGAACCACCUCACGACCCUCUGGCUACAAGAUUCGAAGGCGUCGAAGCCCACGGCCUCGCGGGAUGGGUUUUAAUGGAAUACUUAGAAAAUGGGACCUUGCGCGAUUUUGUAACAAAUGUCUCCGAAAUAUUAGACGAGCCGCUCCCGAAUAGAUUGUUAUGGAGAUUAUUCCUAUGCUUAAUACGCGCAUGUAUUGCCAUGGCAUACCCACCACAUGAAGGGCCAAACGGGGUCGUAACCGAGCGUGUCAGACCGGGUCGUCGUCCUAGGAAGACAGAGCACGGCGAUAUGCAUGAUGAGAAUGUCAUGUUUGGUCCUCUAUUACCAAACGGCGGCAUCGAGCAUGCUCUAACCCCAGUCAUGAAGCUGAUCGACUUUGGAAAUAUGUCUGAUUUUCCAGACGAUGAUGACCAUGCUUGGAGAGGAGAAAGACAGAAUAUAUUUGAGAUAGGCGUUCUCAUGUGCCUACUAAUAUCACUAGAUAGCGACUCGGUAGCACUUGUAGUGGAUGGUGGUAAUGAUAUGUAUACGGGAUUCCUCUCGGCUGGAAAUAACCAGCCACCAAUCAAAGUGGCCGCGGGAUUUAUGUGUCCAGAUGAUCCUGACAAUGAAGACUUCAGUCAUAUAGACCCAAUCUUGCUCAGAGUGGUGUUGACUUGCACAGCGUGGAAUCCACCGGACCGACCUUCUCUAGCAGCUCUCGAGCAACUGGCUUACCGGGCUGUAAAUGAGCGAACCCAGCAAGCCUAUUUUCAAGCCAACUUCCCGUCGGCCGAGGCUGAAAGUGACGAAAAUAUUCGGCUAAUCAUCCAGGAUAUGAUAUUUAAUGCUAGAACAUAG